AGCCGAUCGUGGUUCGAGGGUGAUAGAACGCAAUCGACUAAGCUCAAGAACAAAGUGUAUGCUGAGACGCUGAUUUCUUUUUGCUUACAAAGUGCUCGAUUUCAGUGUUGCCUGCAAGCGUCAUCAUGUCCACUAAAUUGGCAUCAGCUUUACAAUCUCCGAAGAUUUUUGAUCCGUCUGAACAGUUUCGUCCAGAGACAAUAUACAACGGUAAGUUUGAGGGCGAAUUUAGAGACUUUACAAUGGAUGAUGAUGAUCCUAUCAAAGAAAGAGUUCGGAAAACGUAUUUGAACAUGCACACUAACCAGACAGUCGAAUUCGUAAAAUCACGAAUGGCAGAUUGGCUUCAAUUCAACAAAUGUAAAAUGACUGUCAAGGAAGCUCUUUUACAAUUAAACGAACUGAUUGACGAAAGUGAUCCUGAUUCGGAUCUACCCAACAUAGUACAUGCUUUUCAAACAGCAGAAAAAAUUAGAGAGGAUCAUCCAAAUGAAGAUUGGUUUCAUCUUACAGGACUAAUUCAUGAUCUUGGCAAGAUCAUGGCAUUUUAUGGAGAACCACAAUGGGCAGUCGUUGGAGACACUUUUCCGGUCGGUUGUGCAUGGGGUAAUUCUAUAGUCUACAGAGACACUAGUUUUGAAAAUAAUCCCGAUGGAAAAGAUUCUCGUUACAACACAAAAUAUGGAAUAUACAAGCCCAAAUGUGGAAUCAAUAAUUUAAUUAUGUCAUGGGGACAUGAUGAGUAUUUAUACCAGGUAUUGAAACAUAACAAAAGUACAUUACCAAAAAAAGGACUAGCUAUGAUUCGCUAUCACUCAUUUUACCCAUGGCAUGCUGGUGGUGAUUACAAACAUUUUUGUACCAAAGAAGAUGAUGAAAUGUUACAUUGGGUUUUGGAAUUUAACAAAUAUGAUUUGUAUACUAAAAGUGCAGAAGUCCCUGAUAUUGAUGCUCUUUGGCCUUAUUAUAAAAAACUCAUUGAUAAAUACAUGCCUGGAGUUCUGGAAUGGUGACUACAGAUGAGUUAAUAAUCUUUCAAUUCUAAAAAUAAAAAUGAUACUGUAUUAUUCACUGGAAUCUUGAAAAUUUAUGUAUUUUAUAAGCAUUUAUUAUUAGUAAAGAUUAUUCGUAAUAUAAGUCACCAAUUUUAUACAAAAAUUUUAUAUGAAAUAUAAAUAGAAUAAGGUUUUAUAAAACAAUUAAAA